AUGUUCAUACCAGCCGGCGGGGUCGGUUUGUGGUGCUGCCGCUGCGGAUUGCGGAGUCCGAGACAGAUGUUGCGCCAUCACAGCCUCCUCAAGUGCCGCUGCCGCAUGUUGUUCAAUGACCUGAAGGUCCUCCUGCUCCGGAGACCCCCCGCGCCCCCUCCGCCCCCGCCUCCCCUCCCCAUGGACAGCGGAGACCCCCGCCCGGGCGGGCCGGCGGCCAACAACAACACCCUGCCCGCGCGGCAUGGGGGGCGAGGGGGCGCCUGGAGGGCGCCGGCCGCAGGGGGGGGCGGCCCGGCCAGCCCGCCCGAGGAAGAGUGGGGCAGCCCGGCCGGCGAGCCCCCCGCGUCCGCCAUGAGCAGCGCGUCCUCGGAGGACUUCUGCAAAGGGAAGGCGGAGGACAGGUACUCGCUGGCCAGCAGCCUGGACAGCGGCAUGAGGACCCCGCUCUGCAGGAUCUGCUUCCAGGGGCCCGAACAGGGGGAGUUGUUGAGCCCGUGUCGAUGCGAUGGAUCGGUGAAAUGUACGCACCAGCCUUGUCUGAUCAAAUGGAUCAGCGAGAGAGGCUGCUGGAGCUGCGAGCUGUGUUACUACAAGUAUCACGUCAUUGCCAUAAGCACAAAGAACCCUCUGCAGUGGCAGGCCAUCUCUCUGACAGUCAUUGAGAAGGUUCAGAUUGCAGCAGCCAUCUUGGGUUCCCUCUUCCUCAUCGCCAGUAUCUCGUGGCUCAUCUGGUCGACCUUCAGUCCUUCCGCCAAAUGGCAGCGCCAGGACCUGCUCUUCCAGAUCUGCUAUGGAAUGUAUGGCUUCAUGGACAUUGUCUGUAUAGGUCUAAUAAUUCACGAAGGGCCCUCGGUUUACCGGAUUUUCAAAAGGUGGCAGGCGGUAAAUCAGCAGUGGAAAGUGCUGAACUAUGACAAAACAAAAGACAUGGAGGACCAAAAAACAGGGACCAGGACAAACCUCCGAACCUCCUCCCAAACCAACCAUUCGUCCUCCACCGGUGGUACAGCCAGCAACUCCGCUCCAGCCGACAACGGGGUCCGGGGCACUAGCCACGCCACCGGCACCCUGUCUGACCACCACUGUGCUUACACCAUCUUGCAUAUACUCAGCCAGCUGAGGCCUCAAGAACAGAGAAGCCAGUCUAGCACUAACAGAGAGCUCGUCAUGAGGGUCACAACAGUCUGA